AGUCACGCGCGCACCGCCCUAGCGCUCUCUGCCCCGCACACCUGCGCUCCGCCCCCUGGUCCUGGGGUGGUGACAGGCGAAGACAUUUGGGAACCCAGGGUGGCUGCGGCGGCGCCCCCCAUCUCUUCCCCUUUCCCAGAGCAGUUUUCCGGAGCCUUGCCUUCGCUUCCAACCAGCCUGCAUCCCUCUCUAGCCUUCCCUACCCCCCGCCUGCCGCGGCACCGGUAUCUGCAGUCGCAGCCCGGAGCCGGUGAGGCGGCUAAGGGGGGAAGGGACGGAAACAAGGGAUGAGAGCCGGGAGGGCGUCGGGGCCCCUGAGCCGGUCUAGGACGCCCCUGGAGCUGGAACCCGAGCAGGAGCCGGAGCCGGAGCCAGAACCAAACCACCGCUGCAGCCCCCUAACCCCAGGAGGCGCCCUGGCCCGCGCUCGCCCCCCAGGGCCUCAUGUCGGAACCACAGCCUGACCUGGAGCCACCCCAACAUGGGCUGUACAUGCUCUUCCUGCUUGUGCUGGUCUUCUUCCUUAUGGGCCUCGUAGGCUUCAUGAUCUGCCACGUGCUCAAGAAGAAGGGCUACCGCUGCCGCACAUCCAGGGGCUCGGAGCCUGAUGACACCCAGCUCCAGCCCCCUGAGGACGAUGACAUGAAUGAGGACACAGUAGAGAGGAUUGUUCGCUGCAUCAUCCAAAAUGAAGCCAAUGCUGAGGCCUUGAAGGAGAUGCUGGGGGAUAGUGAAGGAGAGGGGACAGUGCAGCUGUCCAGUGUGGAUGCCACCUCCAGCCUGCAGGAUGGAGCCCCCUCCCACCAUCACACGGUGCACCUGGGCUCUGCAGCACCUUGCAUCCACUGCAGCCGCAACAAGAGGCCCCCACUUGUCCGUCAGGGACGCUCCAAGGAAGGAAAGAGCCGCUCCCGGCCUGGGGAGACCACCGUGUUUUCUGUGGGCAGGUUCCGAGUGACACACAUUGAGAGGCGCUAUGGGCUGCACGAGCACCGUGAUGGCUCUCCUACGGACAGGAGCUGGGGGUCCGGUGGGGGGCAGGACCCAGGGGGUGGUCAGGGGCCUGGGGGAGGGCCGCCCAGAGCAGGGAUGCCAGCCAUGGAAAGCCUGCCCCCUGAGAGACCACAGCCCCAGGCCCUGGCGCAGAAUGGAGGACUCAGGGACAGCAACCUAGUCCCUUGUGCACUUGGGGGGGACCGUGGAGCCUCUACAGAGCCAACACUGGGGGCUGGAGGGAGGGGCCCGAGCCCAGGGCUGGCCAGGCAAGAGGCAAAUGGACAGUCGAGCAAACUGGACACCUCAGAUCACCAGGUAUGAAGACGCGGCCAGGGAUGUGGUGGGCUGAGCUCUUAUUGCCCCUACUCUGGGAAUGAGGGUGCACUGACGUGACCUACAUCCUGUUCUCCCGUUGUUGACCCCUCCUCUCAGGUGUCUCCAGCACGGGGAGCAAGGGGUGUGUGAGGUGAGUCUGCCUGGACUCCAAGUCAGAAAAUCUCAUCCUUCCACCCCCUACUUACACUACUUAAGCCCCGUUAGCUGGCUCCCUGUACCCCCAGGGUAACUGCAGGCUUAGUCUUUGCUACAUAGUCUUUGGUUUGUUGGUGGGGAGCAGGCAUAUGCUAUAGGGCAUAGGGAAGGUCCUGCAGCCCUCAGGAAAAGCUGGAGUACAGCUUGAAUAGGAGGCAACACUGUUACCCUUCCUCUCCUCCAAGCCUCCUUCUUCAUUGCUGGCAGGGACAGGGGGUGGGUGGCCAUGCAGCACCUCCUCUCCACUGGACAGGACUGCCCCCCAGCUGGGGGACCAGCCCUACUUCCCCUGGAGUGGCAUGGUCUCAGGCUGGGGGACCUCAGGAGAAGUGCCCCACCCCCACCCCCGGGCCUCAGUCUUCCCCCUCCCCUGCCUGCCAACAGGCUGCCUGACCCGCCUUCUCCAUCACCUCGCUCCAUAUGCUCGAGCGUGGCAGCUGGGAGUGGGCCCCUAAAGCAAUAGCACCUUAGGCCCCCUGCCCUCUUGGCACAAGAGGCCCAGGCCCUGGCUUGGGCUUCGUGCUCUUUAUUCACUGUCAAUAAAUCCGCUCAGACCAUUA